CUCGUCCGUGAUUUCACUUCGAUAUUGAACUUCAUUACUCGACGAAAGGACCCUGGUGCACUGUCAACAAUCUUCUCCUCACUCUUUGUGAGACCGACCACUAGCCUCCACCUUUGUGUCUCUCCACCAGAUUGUAACACAGAGAUUAUGGACCUCGACGAAACCAUGACAACUUCUACUGCCUCUACCCCCUCCGCACUACAAGAUCCUAUUGAUGAAGCCUUUGAAGACGACAACCUCUUCCCAGGCAGUGCGAAUGUGAAUGAUCGUCCUCGAACGCCAGCAAACGACCACCUCAACGCCGCUGCUCCAGGCGAGCUGUCCCCGCCCAGAUCUCAGACUCAUGGUGAAGACAUGCAAGUCAACGAGUCGCUACGUCACUCACUACCGAACGGCAGCCAUCCAAGCGCAAACACCCGAGCGACCAGAAGCGCAGCCAGACAACCAACCGGGGUGGAUGCAAGAUAUGAUGGCGCACAAUCUGCUGAGUCCGGUGGCUUGGGAACCGGGAACAACGAACGAGACGAGACACCAGGAUGGGGCUGGAAGGACAAGAAGGCACAGGAGGAAAUGCAGCGUGCUUGGGAGAACGUCAUCGACCGGGACUUCAGUCUUAAGGAGUAUGGAGACGUCAUGAUGUUGGGAAAGGCACAGAUCGGUCAACAGUAAUGGAUGUGCA